AUGUCUUCUUUCUAUAUCUUUUAUCUCAUUCUGCUCAUAUCUAUCUGUCAAUGUGCUUCUUUUCUAUAUCUUUAUCUAUCUGUCAAUGUGCUUCUUUCUAUAUCUUUAUCUAUCUCAUUCUGCUCAUAUCUAUCUGUCAAUUCUGCUCUUCUUUCUAUCAAUCUUUAUCUAUCUCAUUCUGCUCAUAUCUAUCUGUCAAUGUGCUUCUUUCUAUAUCUUUCUAUCUCAUUCUGCUCAUAUCUAUCUGUCAAUGUGCUUCUUUCUAUAUCUUUAUCUCAUUCUGCUGCUCAUAUCUAUCUGUCAAUGUAUCUUUAUCUCACUUUCUAUAUCUUUUUCUAUCUCAUUCUGUCUUCUUUAUAUCUUUAUCUAUCUGUCAAUGUGCUUCUUUCUAUAUCUUUAUCUCUUUCUGCUCAUAUCUAUCUGUCAAUGUCUUCUUUCUAUAUCUUUAUCUCUUCAAAUCUGUGUCUUCUUUCUAUAUCUUUAUCUGUCAAUGUCUUUCUUUCUAUAUCUUUAUCUAUCUCAAACUGCUCAUAUCUAUCUCAUUCUGCUCACAUCUAUCUUCUUUCUAUAUCUUUAUCUCAUUUCUGCUCAUAUCUAUCUGUCAAGGUACUUCUUUCUAUAUCUUUUAUCUCUUUCUGCUAUAUCUAUCUGUCAAUGUACUUCUUUCUAUAUCUUUAUCUAUCUCAUUCUGCUCAUAUCUAUCUAUCAAUCAAUGCUUCUUUCUAUAUCUUUAUCUUAUCUCAUUCUGCUCAUAUCUAUCUGUCAAUGUGCUUCUUUCUAUAUCUUUAUUCUGCUAUAUCUAUCUCUGCUCUUUAUAUAUCUGUCAAUCUGCUCAAUUCUUUCUAUAUCUUUAUCUGUCUCAUUCUGCUCAUAUCUAUCUGUCAAUGUGCUUCUUUCUAUAUCUUUAUCUCAUUUCUGCUCAUAUCUAUCUGUCAAUAUCUAUUCUUUAUCUAUAAUGUGCUUUUUCUAUAUCUUUAUCUCUUUCUGCUCAUAUCUAUCUGUCAAUGUCCUUCUUUCUAUAUCUUUAUCUCUUUCUGCUCAUAUCUAUCUGUCAAUGUGCUUCUUUCUAUAUCUUUAUCUAUCUCAUUCUGCUCAUAUCUAUCUGUCAAUGUGCUUCUUUUAUAUCUUUAUCUCCAUUCUGCUCAUUAUCUCUAUCUGUCAAUGUGCUUCUUUCUAUAUCUUUAUCUCAUUCUGCUCAUAUCUAUCUGUCAAUGUGCUUCUUUCUAUAUCUUUUCUCUCAUUCUGCUCAUAUCUAUCUGUCAAUGUGCUUCUUUCUAUAUCUUUAUCUCUUCUGCUCAUAUCUAUCUGUCAAUGUGCUUCUUUCUAUAUCUUUAUCUUUCUGCUCAUAUCUGCUUCUUUCUAUAUCUUUUUCUAUCUUUCAAUGUAUUCUUUCUAUAUCUUUAUCUAUCUGUCAAUGUGCUUCUUUCUAUAUCUUUAUCUAUCUCAUUCUGCUUAUCUAUCUCAUUCUGCUCUUCUAUCUGUCAAUGUGCUUCUUUCUAUAUCUUUUAUCUCAUUCUGCUCAUAUCUAUCUGUCAAUGUGCUUCUUUCUAUAUCUUUAUCUAUCUCAUUCUGCUCAUAUCUAUCUGUCAAUGUACUUCUUUCUAUAUCUUUAUCUCAUUCUGCUCAUAUCUAUCUGUCAAUGUGCUUCUUUUGUAUAUCUUUAUCUCUUUCUUCUGCUCAUAUCUAUCUGUCAAUGUCUUCUUUCUAUAUCUUUAUCUAUCUGUCAAUGCUUCUUUCUAUAUCUUUAUCUCAUUCUGCUCAUAUCUAUCUGUCAAUGUGCUUCUUUCUAUAUCUUUAUCUCUUUCUGCUCAUAUCUAUCUGUCAAUGUGCUUCUUUCUAUAUCUUUAUCUAUCUGUCAUUCUGCUUUCUAUAUCUUUUAUCUAUCUGUCAAUGUGCUUCUUUCUAUAUCUUUAUCUAUUCUGCUCAUUCUAUCUGCUCUUCUUUCUAUAUCUUUAUCUAUCUGUCUCAUGUGCUUCUUUCUAUAUCUUUAUCUAUCUCAUUCUGCUCAUAUCUAUCUGUCAAUGUGCUUCUUUCUAUAUCUUUAUCUCUCAUUCUGCUCAUAUCUAUCUGUCAAUGUGCUUCUUUCUAUAUCUUUAUCUCUCAUUCUGCAUUCUGUCAAUCAUCUUUAUCUAUCUGUCAAUCUGCUUCUUUCUAUAUCUUUAUCUCAUUCUGCUCAUAUCUAUCUGUCAAUGUGUUGCUUUUUUCUAUCUUUAUCUCUUUUCUGCUCCUUUAUCUAUCUGUCAAUGUGCUUCUUUCUAUAUCUUUCAUCUAUCUCAUUCUGCAAUCUUCUUUCCUUUAUAUCUAUCUGUCAAUGUGCUUCUUUCUAUAUCUUUAUCUAUCUAUUCUCUUUAUCUGUCAAUGUUCUUCUUUCUAUAUCUUUAUCUCAUUCUGCUCAUAUCUAUCUGUCAAUGUGCUUCUUUCUAUAUCUUUAUCUAUCUCAUUCUGCUCAUAUCUAUCUGUCAAUGUGCUUCUUUCUAUAUCUUUAUCUCAUUCUGCUCAUAUCUAUCUGUCAAUGUGCUUCUUUCUAUAUCUUUAUCUCUUUCUGCUCAUAUCUAUCUGUCAAUGCUUCUUUCUAUUCUAUCUAUCUCAUUCUAUCAUAUCUGUCUGUGUGCUUCUUUCUAUAUCUUUAUCUAUCUCAUUCUGCUCAUAUCUAUCUGUCAAUGCUUCUUUCUAUAUCUUCUUUAUCUCAUUCUGCUCAUAUCUAUCUGUCAAUGUGCUUCUUUCUUCUUUAUCUAUCUCAUUCUUCAUAUCUAUCUGUCAAUUGCUUCUUUCUAUAUCUUUAUCUCAUUCUGCUCAUAUCUAUCUGUCAAUGUGCUUCUUUCUAUAUCUUUAUCUCUUUCUGCUCAUAUCUAUCUGUCAAUGUGCUUCUUUCUAUAUCUUUAUCUCAUUCUGCUCAUAUCUAUCUGUCAAUGUGCUUCUUUCUAUAUCUUUAUCUAUCUCAUUCUGCUCAUAUCUAUCUGUCAAUGUUCUUUCUAUAUCUUUAUCUCAUUCUGCUCAUAUCUAUCUGUCAAUGUACUUCUUUCUAUAUCUUUAUCUAUCUCAUUCUGCUCCAUAUCUAUCUGUCAAUGUGCUUCUUUCUAUAUCUUUAUCUCAUUCUGCUCAUAUCUAUCUAUCUUUCUAUAUCUUUUUCUAUAUCUUUCUAUCUCAUUCUGCUCAUAUCUAUCUGUCAAUGUCCUUCUUUCUAUAUCUUUUAUCUCUUUCUGCUCAUAUCUAUCUGUCAAUGUGCUUCUUUCUAUAUCUUUAUCUAUCUCAUUCUGCUCAUAUCUAUCUGUCAAUGCUUCUUUCUAUAUCUUUAUCUCAUUCUGCUCAUAUCUAUCUGUCCAAUGUGCUUCAUUCUAUAUCUUUAUCUAUCUCAUUCUGCUCAUAUCUAUCUCUGUCAAUGUGCUUCUUUCUAUAUCUUUAUCUCUCAUUCUGCUCAUAUCUAUCUGUCAAUGUAUUUUCUUUCUAUAUCUUUAUCUCUUCUGCUCAUAUCUAUCUGUCAAUGUGCUUCUUUCUAUAUCUUUAUCUAUCUGUCAAUCAAUCUUUCUAUAUCUUUAUCUAUCUGUCAAUUUCUAUAUCUUUAUCUAUCUGUCAAUGUGCUUUCUUUUCUAUAUCUUUAUCUAUCUCAUUCUGCUCAUAUCUAUCUGUCAAUGUGCUUCUUUCUAUAUCUUUAUCUCAUUCUGCUCAUAUCUAUCUGUCAAUGUGCUUCUUUCUAUAUCUUUAUCUAUCUCAUUCUGCUCAUAUCUAUCUGUCAAUGUGCUUCUUUCUAUAUCUUUAUCUCAUUCUGCUCAUAUCUAUCUGUCAAUGCUUCUUUCUAUAUCUUUAUCUAUCUCAUUCUGCUCAUAUCUCUAUCUGUCAAUGUUUAUCUUCUUUCUAUAUCUUUAUCUCUCUCUGCUCUUUAUCUAUCUGUCAAUGUGCUUCUUUCUAUAUCUUUAUCUCAUUCUGCUCAUAUCUAUCUGUCAAUGUGCUUCUUUCUAUAUCUUUAUCUCAUUCUGCUCAUAUCUAUAUGUGCUAUCUUUAUCUCAUUCUGCUCAUAUCUAUCUGUCAAUGUGCUUCAUUCUAUAUCUUUAUCUCAUUCUGCUCAUAUCUAUCUGUCACUGUGCUUCUUUCUAUAUCUUUAUCUAUCUCAUUCUGCUCAUAUCUAUCUGUCAAUGUGCUUCUUUCUAUAUCUUUAUCUCUUUCUGCUCAUAUCUGUCAAUGUGCUUCUUUCUAUAUCUUUAUCUAUCUGUCAAUGUGCUUCUUUCUAUAUCUUUAUCUAUCUGUCAAUGUGCUUCUUUCUAUAUCUUUAUCUAUCUGUCAAUGUGCUUCUUUCUAUAUCUUUAUCUAUCUCAUUCUGCUCAUAUCUAUCUGUCAAUGUGCUUCUUUCUAUAUCUUUAUCUAUCUCAUUCUGCUCAUAUCUAUCUGUCAAUGUGCUUCUUUCUAUAUCUUUAUCUCUUUCUGCUCAUAUCUAUCUGUCAAUGUGCUUCUUUCUAUAUCUUUAUCUAUCUGUCAAUGUGCUUCUUUCUAUAUCUUUAUCUAUCUCAUUCUGCUCAUAUCUAUCUGUCAAUGUGCUUCUUUCUAUAUCUUUAUCUCAUUCUGCUCAUAUCUAUCUGUCAAUGUGCUUCUUUCUAUAUCUUUAUCUCAUUCUGCUCAUAUCUAUCUGUCAAUGUGCUUCUUUCUAUAUCUUUAUCUCAUUCUGCUCAUAUCUAUCUGUCAAUGUGCUUCUUUCUAUAUCUUUAUCUAUCUGUCAAUGUGCUUCUUUCUAUAUCUUUAUCUAUCUGUCAAUGUGCUUCUUUCUAUAUCUUUAUCUAUCUGUCAAUGUGCUUCUUUCUAUAUCUUUAUCUAUCUCAUUCUGCUCAUAUCUAUCUGUCAAUGUGCUUCUUUCUAUAUCUUUAUCUCAUUCUGCUCAUAUCUAUCUGUCAAUGUGCUUCUUUCUAUAUCUUUAUCGAUCUCAUUCUGCUCAUAUCUAUCUGUCAAUGUGCUUCUUUCUAUAUCUUUAUCUAUCUCAUUCUGCUCAUAUCUAUCUGUCAAUGUGCUUCUUUCUAUAUCUUUAUCUCAUUCUGCUCAUAUCUAUCUGUCAAUGUGCUUCUUUCUAUAUCUUUAUCUAUCUCAUUCUGCUCAUAUCUAUCUGUCAAUGUGCUUCUUUCUAUAUCUUUAUCUCUUUCUGCUCAUAUCUGUCAAUGUGCUUCUUUCUAUAUAUUUAUCUAUCUGUCAAUGUGCUUCUUUCUAUAUCUUUAUCUCUUUCUGCUCAUAUCUGUCAAUGUGCUUCUUUCUAUAUCUUUAUCUAUCUGUCAAUGUGCUUCUUUCUAUAUCUUUAUCUAUCUCAUUCUGCUCAUAUCUAUCUGUCAAUGUGCUUCUUUCUAUAUCUUUAUCUCUUUCUGCUCAUAUCUGUCAAUGUGCUUCUUUCUAUAUCUUUAUCUAUCUCAUUCUGCUCAUAUCUAUCUGUCAAUGUGCUUCUUUCUAUAUCUUUAUCUAUCUCAUUCUGCUCAUCUAUCUAUCAAUUUUGUUGCUGUCUUCUAUCAUUCUGCUUCUGUCCAUCUAUCUCAGCCUUCUCAUAUCUCUUAUUCUGCUUAUAUUUAUCUGUCAAUAUGCUGUUUUCUAUCUCUUUACCUAUCUGAUUCUGUUCAUAUCUAUCUAUAUGUCUAUCUUUGA